GACUGGACACAGGUUUAAAUUCUUGCCGUAUGUUAGUGAAGGGGAAAGCAGACACACCGCGGCCUCACAAGGCUUCAGAAUGGCUGUUUUUGCCGUUUUGUUUUCGGCAGUGAUGCUCCUUGCUGUUGUACCAGCCUGGACCGAAAAACACUCCCUCUACUACAUAUACACAGCUUUAUCCAGACCUGUUGACCUGCCGGGCAUCUAUGAAUUCACUGCAAUGGGUUUGCUUGAUGACAGACAGAUUGACUAUUACAACAGCGAACAGCAGAAGAAGAUUCCUAAACAGCACUGGAUGAAAGAGAAAAUGCAGGCAGAUUACUGGGAAAAAGGCACCCAGUCCAGAAAGAGCAAAGAACAGUGGUUCAGUGUGAAUGUCGGCAUUCUGAUGGACCGUAUGAGACACAAUAAAUCAGAUGUUCAUGUUCUUCAGUGGAGACAUGGUUGUGAAAUUGAGAGUCAGGGGAAUGAAACCCGCUUUUCUAAAGGCAUUGAUGAGUACAGCUAUGAUGGAGAAAACUUCCUGGCUUUUGAUGAUGCGGAGUCUCACUGGGUUGCCCCAGUGGUCGCAGCUCUUCCAACCAAGAGAAAAUGGGAUAAUGUGCCCAUCCUAAAUCAGUACACCAAGGGCUACCUGGAAAAAGAGUGUGUGGACUGGCUCAACAAAUUCAGAGAAUAUGGAGAUCAGGAGCUUAAACAAGUCUCUGCCCCAGAUGUUCAUGUGUUUGCGAAGAAGAUAGUCAGUGGCAAACCCAAGCUAAAACUCAUUUGUCUGGCCACUGGAUUCUACCCUAAAGAUGUGAUUUUGACCAUAAGGAAAUACCGCACAACACUGCCUGAUAAUGAUCUAGAAUCCUCAGGAGUUAGACCAAACCAAGAUGGGACCUUUCAGCUGAGAAAGAGCGUUUACAUAUAUGAGGAUGAAAAAGCAGAAUAUGACUGUCAUGUGUUCCACAGAACUCUCAAGGAACCAAUUAUCGUCAGAUGGAAUGGCGAGUACCCUUCAGAGCUUCCCAUAGCUAUGAUUGCAGCAAUAAUUGGAGUUUUGAUUCUGCUGGUAGCCAUUGGCGUAACAGUUUUUAUCUUAAAAAAGAAGAACAUAAUUGGAAAUAAGGAUGAGAAACGCUCUGUCGUAUCAGCUGUCUCUGGAAAUACGAAUGAGAAACGCUCUAUGCUAGACGGUUCAGCCGACUCUGGUAAAGGGAGUAGUGAGGGAAGUUCAGAAAGCAGUCCUACUCACUCACCAUGUUCACAACUCACAACAAUGUUCACAAGAAAAUGGACAAUGAGUGAGGGAGUCCAAAAAUAAACCGACAGCUGCAGAGAGAAAAUCUCUACCGAUGGAAACAAUGGAAGUUGAAAAUGCCUGCUAAAUAAAGUGAAAAAAAGUCUACUGAGAGAGAAUUAAAAAGUUAAACAAAGUCGGAUCAUCAGAGUGUCAAUAUAGAUAGUCCUGACUUUUGUUUCUCUUAAAAUUUCUCCUAAAAUUUUGUUCUAUGUAUAUUUUCUUACAAAUUUUUUGACUUAUUAUUCCUAUUUAAAAGACAAAAGUGCGUGUUUUUUUUCUUUCUUGUUUUUCCCUUGAUAUUUUCAAUGCUAGUUUUUUAAAUAUGUGCACUUUUUAGCACAAUAAACACCCAGAGCCUAUUUGACGAAUGUAUCAUAAAAUGAUCCUCAAUGCUCUAUAAAGAAUAGAAAAUGCAUUCUUUAGUUUCUUACUCUGUAAAAUGUUGUGGUUGUUUUAUAUUAGUUGCUUAAUUUAGGUUUAAUUUUCAGCUUUGAUAUAUAUAUAUAUAUUUAUGUGUGAUCUUGUAAUAUCUCUUCAUGAUAAGAUGCAUCAGUGUUAUAACGAUAUUUUCUUGUUAUUAAGUUAUUAUGUUCCUUAUUUAAGUUAUAUCAUAAACGUGGUUUAUUCUAUAGCUGUCAUUUAUAGUGCUUUUACAAAAAAAUGGUAAAGUUGGUUUUAUAUUCAGACAUUCAGACUUUCUCCUUAAUAAUAUAGUUUCAGAAAAGUAUUCUUUGCAAAUUCUGAAUAGUGAAAUUAUUAUUAGCAGCCAAUGAAUAUCAAAGUACAACAUUGUUCACAGUCAGUGAAAUAGUGCUAAUGUUGUUUUGAACUCAUACUUACAUGUGAUUUCAAGCCAAAUAUUUAUAGGAAGCCUGUCACAAGUUGUCACUGAACGAAUGCGUAAAUAUACAACCAAUUUUAUGUCAAUAUAUAGUUUUGGCUUUGUUUAAAAACUGAGCAUCUUGUGAAUUUUGCACUUUCUUCACAAUAAAGUGGUUUUAAAAAGGGUGAAAA